ACUCCUAAGCUCAGUAGUAUCCGCAUCGCAUUGGCAAACAAACGAACGAGUCUGAGUGACUCAGAGAAACUCAGAGACUGACUGUAUCUUCUUGUUGUUCUGAGAGAGAGAGAGAGAGAGAGAGAGAGAGCAUAUUACAGUAAUGGCAGCUUCCCAAUUCUCUGCAACUCGCAGCGGAGCAGAGACAGCGUGGCAUUGCAAAUCGCAAUCCAAACUGAUCGAUUUCGGUUCCAGGAAGAACAAAUCCAAGCUUUUGUUCACAAGGACAUUGAAUCGGACUCGGUCGUUUUCGUUCUCGGUGAAGAGCGUUCUGGACAAGCCUCACGAGAUCAAGAAUCCGAUCAUCGAACAAGAUGCUGCAAGCGAAUUCAGCUCAUUCACACCUGAUGCUGCCUCCAUCGCUUCGAGCAUCAAAUACCACGCAGAAUUCACCCCGUUGUUUUCUCCGGAGAAAUUUGAGCUUCCAAAGGCCUUCUUUGCAACUGCACAAAGUGUUCGUGAUGCGCUCAUUGUUAACUGGAAUGCAACAAAUAAUCAUUAUGAAAAAUUGAACGCAAAGCAGGCAUAUUAUUUGUCAAUGGAAUUUCUACAGGGUAGAGCGCUGUUAAAUGCCAUUGGUAAUUUAGAGCUUGAUGGUGCAUAUGCGGAAGCUUUAAGCAAGCUUGGACACAAAUUAGAAAAUGUUGCUAACCAGGAGCCGGAUGCUGCACUUGGAAACGGAGGUCUUGGUCGGCUUGCCUCUUGCUUCUUGGACUCUUUGGCAACGUUAAAUUAUCCAGCAUGGGGUUAUGGGCUUCGGUACAAGUAUGGCUUAUUUAAGCAGCUGAUUACUAAAGAUGGUCAAGAAGAAGUUGCUGAGGAUUGGCUUGAGAUGGGAAAUCCCUGGGAGAUUGUGAGAAAUGACGUCUCCUAUCCUGUCAAAUUUUAUGGCAAGAUUGUUACUGGUUCGGAUGGAAAACAACAUUGGAUUGGAGGAGAAGACAUAGAUGCUGUUGCUUAUGAUGUUCCAAUACCAGGAUACAAAACUAAAACCACAAUCAACUUGCGGCUUUGGUCAACGAAAGCUUCAUCACAGAACUUUGAUUUAUAUGCUUUUAAUUCUGGAGAUCACACGAAAGCAUCUGAAGCUUUAGCAAAUGCUGAAAAGAUUUGCUACGUACUUUAUCCUGGGGAUGAAUCAAUGGAGGGCAAGACACUUCGUUUGAAGCAACAAUAUACUUUAUGUUCUGCUUCUCUCCAAGAUAUUGUUGCGCAUUUUGAGAGAAGAUCCGGAGCAAAUGUCAAAUGGGAAGAGUUCCCCGAGAAGGUGGCAGUGCAGAUGAAUGAUACUCAUCCAACUCUCUGCAUUCCUGAACUGAUGAGAAUUUUGAUUGAUUUGAAGGGUUUGGACUGGAAGGAGGCCUGGAGUAUUACUCAAAGGACGGUUGCAUAUACAAACCAUACUGUUCUACCUGAGGCCUUGGAGAAAUGGAGUCUGGAACUUAUGGAGAAGCUGCUUCCUCGACAUGUUCAGAUCAUACAGAUGAUAGAUGAGGAGCUCAUUCAGACCAUAAUUUCGGAAUAUGGCACAGCAGAUUAUGAUUUAUUAGAGAAGAAACUUAAGGAGAUGAGAAUAUUAGAAAAUGUUGACUUGCCUGCCAAAUUUGCGGAUUUAAUUGUUAAACCCAAAAAGAGUUCCACUGCUGUCUCGAGUGAAGAAAUUGAAGAGUCAGAAGAGGAAGAUGAAUCUGCUGAUGCCGAAAAGAGUUCCACUGCUGUCCUGAGUGAAGAAAUUGAAGAGUCAGAAGAGGAAGAUGAAUCUGCUGAUGCCGAAAAGAGUUCCACUGCUGUCCCGAGUGAAGAAAUUGAAGAGUCAGAAGAGAAAGAUGAAUCUGCUGAUGCCGAAAGGAGUUCCACUGCUGUCCUGAGUGAAGAAAUUGAAGAGUCAGAAGAGGAAGUUGAAUCUGCUGAUGAAGAAAAAGUACCUGUGAAGAAACGCAAAGAGGAAAAAAUGAAAAAGGUUGUGGUGGAACCACCGAAGUUAGUACGUAUGGCGAAUCUCUGUGUUGUGGGUGGUCACGCAGUAAAUGGCGUUGCUGAAAUACACAGUGAAAUAGUGAAAGAUGAAGUAUUUAAUUCAUUUUAUAAGUUGUGGCCUAAUAAAUUUCAAAACAAAACAAAUGGGGUGACACCAAGAAGAUGGAUCCGCUUCUGUAAUCCAGAUUUAAGUAACAUUAUAAAAAAGUGGAUUGGCACGGAAGACUGGGUCUUAAAUACUGAAAAACUGGCUGAAUUACGAAAGUUUGCUGACAAUCAGGAUCUCCAAACCCAAUGGAGGGAAGCAAAAAGGAACAACAAGUUGAAAGUUGUGUCAUUGAUCAAAGAAAGAACGGGAUAUUCUGUCAACCCGGAUGCAAUGUUUGAUAUACAGGUGAAGCGCAUUCAUGAAUACAAGCGACAACUGAUGAAUAUUAUGGGAAUUGUUUACCGCUACAAGAAAAUGAAAGAAAUGAGUGCUUCAGGAAGGAAAUCAAAGUUUGUUCCACGUGUUUGUAUGUUUGGAGGGAAAGCAUUUUCUACGUAUGUGCAAGCCAAGAGAAUUGUGAAAUUUAUCACAGAUGUAGGGGCAACCAUUAAUCAUGAUCCUAGUAUCGGUGAUCUACUGAAGGUUGUCUUCGUCCCCGAUUACAAUGUCAGUGUUGCUGAACAGUUAAUUCCUGCAAGUGAGCUCUCACAGCACAUCAGUACCGCGGGUAUGGAAGCCAGUGGAACCAGCAACAUGAAGUUUGCAAUGAAUGGCUGCAUCCUCAUUGGGACUCUAGACGGUGCCAAUGUUGAGAUAAGAGAAGAGGUUGGGGAAGACAACUUUUUCCUCUUUGGUGCUAAAGCUCACGAGAUUGCUGGGCUGAGAAAAGAACGAGCUGAGGGAAAGUUUGUUCCGGACCCACGUUUUGAAGAAGUCAAGGAAUUUGUCAAAAGCGGUGUUUUUGGGUCAUACAGUUAUGACGAACUGAUUGGAUCCCUGGAAGGAAAUGAAGGAUUUGGCCAGGCAGAUUAUUUCCUUGUGGGCAAGGACUUCCCCAGUUACAUAGAAUGUCAAGAGAAGGUCGAUGAAGCAUAUCGAGACCAAAAGAGAUGGACAAGAAUGUCGAUCCUGAACACAGCAGGCUCGUACAAGUUUAGCAGUGACAGGACCAUUCACGAAUAUGCUAAGGACAUAUGGAACAUCAACCCCGUCGAGCUGCCUUAGAAGUUUUCUUCUUGGAACCAAACACGGUCUUACCACGUCGUUGUGAUGACCCCCCUGGCUUUUAUUGUUCCCCUCCCUCUUUCUUUCUCAUGUGAAUAAAAUGCUCGGAAUAAAAGGGCAGCGUUUGGUUGCUACACUAGUAUAGUAAGUGCUCGGAAAAAAGUGGUUAUUUGAAAUAAGCCCCACCAUCACGUAUGUAUAGUGGAUAUUCCGAACAAAGGCAGUGAGGCACCAUCUAUAUUUAUCGUUUGGUUCAGUAAAAGUUUAGGUUUUUUC